GGAAACGGAUUACAUUAGAUGAGAUCAGGAUCACACCCUGAGACCCAGCGAGAGCGAGGGAAGCAGCAGCAGCAGCAGCAGCAGCAGCAAAACACUAGCAAUGGCGACGCUUUCCCUUUCUUCUUCUCCCAGUCUCAGUCUUAGCAGAACAACCCCACCCUCCCACAAGCCAAUUCCCCCCACCCUUUGCUUCUCCAAAACCACUCUCAGCUUCUCUUCCCUCACCCCAUUGCCAUUUCUCUCUUCCCAAAGCUUCACUUUCGGUUCUCUACAACCACCCACAUCUCCCUUUGUUUCUAAAUUUUCCGAAACCGAAUCGUCCAUCGUCGAAGCUGAACCACCAACAGGACCCGAGACUUCGCCGGUCCUCGAAGCCAUCGCUCAAGAACCCAAGCGCGAGGAGGUCUUCGCAGUUGUUAUGAUUGGGUCGAGACAAUAUAUAGUUUUUCCUGGCCGGUAUAUUUAUACACAAAGGCUGAAAGGUGCAAAUGUUAAUGAUAAGGUUACUCUGAACAAGGUUUUGUUGGUAGGUACUAAAACGAGUACUUAUAUUGGACAGCCAGUGGUGCCAAAUGCAUCUGUACAUGCUGUAGUUGAGGAGCAGGCAUUGGAUAAAAAAGUCAUUGUCUUUAAGUACAAGAAGAAGAAGGGAUAUAGAAGAAACAUUGGUCAUCGACAGCCAAUUACGCGAAUACGGAUAGUGAGCAUCACAGGGUAUGAAAACUCACCAGCAGCAACUCUUCCCUUAGAGAGAUAAAAGAAAAAGAGUACAUGGAAUGGGGAAGUCGAAGUCCCAGCUUUCAGCUCCGCAUUGACUUUGCAUAAUAGAGUGAGAUAGAGAGAUGUGCUUCUUCUGCUUCUUUGUUGUUGCAUUGUUUCUUGCUAGGAUAUAUGUAAUUUGUAUUUUUUACAUAUGCUUGCUUCUGAGAGGGAUUAUUCUGGAGUUAUAAUGGCA